AUGGUUCCAGACACCGCCUUCAGAGGCUUGAUACAUCACCCUGAGAGUCUCCUGCUCUAUACUGCUAUGACAGGACUCCUCCCUGCAAUUGUGCUAUGCGGACGCUAUUUCUACAGCAGACGUGUGAUCCAUGGUUACCUGGAGCACGCCAUGAGCAGAGACAUGGGGGACAUUGAAGGGUUUUACAUGAACUCCUCAGAUUCCUGUCUGUGGGUAGCAGUGCUGGAAGGCAAAGUAGUAGGUGUCGUAGCAGCAGGCGGCCUGCUCAAGUCAGGAGGUGCUGUUGAGUUGCUGCGGAUGUCCGUUGACCGUUGCUGUCGCCGUUGUGGAGUCGGCGUGGCACUGGGACGAAAGGUUCUGGAGUUUGCUGUCAGUCACAGAUACUCCUCCGUUGUCCUGGGAACCACAGCGUACACGCACGCUGCUCACCAGCUUUACCAGCGUCUGGGCUUCCGCUGCGUGGGGGUCACCAAUGGGUACGUCACACCCGGUGCGAGAUGUUCCUUACUGGAACAAAUUUUCUACAGGGUCCGCCAUCACCACUACAGCCUCAAUGUGCAAAAUGGCAAGAUCACUUCCAAUGGACAACAUUGA